GCACCAAUAGAUUGCGACAACCGACCCUUUUACGGAAAUACUGUUAUUGCAACAUGUGUCAGGAAGGACAAAACUAAACUUCCGGGCGCUGUUUGCGAGCCAUCAGCCGGUAAAUAACCUGACGGCAGAAACGUCAGCGUGUCACCGCCAUGAGGGUUGUAUAUUGUUAAUACGUGCACUAAACAUGCCACAGAUCUAGCGCCGACAAGACCGUAUUCUAUCGGCAGGAAAUACAACGCUACGCAGAUAACUGCUUCGUGUACAGUGGAGAGAACAAAGCUGGAACUGCAGUCUCGACAGAUUGCUGUUUGAGGGCACAGCUUUCUAAUGGCUGUCAGGUGGUGCAACCUCGUGGCCGGACUCCCUGAUUGACCUGCCCGUGCGCUUUGUUUCUGCUCCGGGGUGAGACGCUGCAAUCCGCUGGCCCCCGUCUCUUGGUGUUGUUGAGGGGACGGGGCUGCCCACCCCGCGCCCUUUCCCGCUGGCCCGAGGAUUGUGGGAGCCCGCCUGCAGUCGCGCCGGCGGCCGCCGGGUGGCGCUGCCCAGCGGCCCCGGGACCGCCAGCGCAACAACAAGAACAACCCGCCGCCGCCAGGACUACCACCGGAUGAGAGGGGAGGGGAGAAGGGGCAAAGGAAACAGCCGCCCCAAACAGGGAGCAGUUGAAGCAGCCUAGGCUACGGGCAGUCAAAAUCAUCCAAAGAGCUGGGCACGGCGCCUGCCUCAUCCCAUCCCCAUGAACAGCCUACAACGUCUGAUUGUGCAGAGCCCCGACAGUUCGGGUGCUAUUCCGUGCAAUUCAGGAUGCAUGUAUCGGAUUGUGCAAACUACUGGUCUGGAUGGAAAGAACCUCCUGAAGCUAAUACCACUUUCCAACAUGCCUGGACACUACAUCCCAGCUAUUUCUCUUCCCAUUUCUGUGCCCACCACUGCUACCUCUUCCAAAGUAAAUGUGUCAACCGUGUUUCACGUGACAGCAUCACCUAAAACGACAACUUGUAAUACGCCAACGUGUUUUCCUGUGUUACAGCAUGCCAAUACAGGAAAGAUUCUAAUAGCAGCACUGGAAGGAUCAACUGCCCAAAGUGGAACAUCUCCCAUCAAUCCCUCACAGAAAAAUACAUUUCCAGCAUCAGCAGUUGCAUCUUUGCAAUGUCCUAACCUACCAUCAGUUACUUUGUCCAGUUUGCCUGUGCAGAAGAUACAAGCUGCUCCCAGUUUAACUACAGGUCAAAAGUCUUCUAAUUUAAGAACAGAUAGUUUGCCUACUGUACCAGUGCAGGUGACCCAAGCAUCUUCUACUUUGGCUCUUGAUCAAAUGAUUUAUAAUCUAUCUACAGCCACCUUUCCUGGUCCAGCUGCACAGACCAUCCAAGCAUCUUCCACUUUGGCUGUUGACCAGAAGACUUACAUGCUUUUAAAGUCUCCAGUGUUGCCUGCUGGUCAUCAUCUUCAGAUCCCCGCAAAUGCAGAAGUCAGAUCUGUUCCAGCAUCUUCUCUGCCCAUUGCUAUCCGGCAGAAGAUCUUGUCCACUACAGCGCCCAAUUUCGCUAACACAACUGCAUCAACAAAGUCAACUCCAACUGUCAUCUACGUUUGCCCAGUGAACACAGUGAAGACAGUGCAGAAGCGCCUCCCAAAUAUUCGUCCCAAGAACAUUUUGAACAUGAGCACAACUUCUACCACUUGUGAUAGCCCUGCUGUAAGUACUAAUACACCUCCUGUUGUUGCUUGUGGUGAAGUUGUUUCUAAUGCUGAGCAAACUUUGUCCAAGGAUAGCCCAACGAAAUGGGUUGCGCAGGCCAAUCCUCAGUCUGUAGCACACUGCCUUAUUCCAGUUAAAUCUUCCAACAACCUAGCCUCAGAGAUCUUAAAGACCUUGGCUGAUCGGCAAAACAUGGAGGGUGCCACUAACCUGAUACCGUUGCCAGCUACUGCGACUGCACAAGUAGACUCUGACUUAUUUUCUCUAUUCAAGGAAAAUGCGCUAGUCAUGUACAAUGGUAAAGUCUACCUAGUUGUGCAGAAGAAUGGUGGAUUGCCCAGCUCACACCCUGAAAAUGCUUCAGAUACCACCACUCAAGCAGAGGUGGACUCUACAUUGUCGGCUGUUGCAUCACCAACUAGUUUACUAACAAAAAUCAAAGAAGAACCAGAGGAUCCUGAUCCUAAACCUGUCACACAGGAGAACAAAUUUAUAAAUCGGCCAACAGAUUUGUGUAGUACAACGGCCAAUGACCAGGACAGGAGUCAAGAUCUUCCAGGCAAACAGCCUGAGCAUUCUGAGUCGACUUGUGGGACCACGAGGGGGGAAUCCGAUGAACAGUUGUUGAAGAAAGCAGGAAUUUACACCUCUGUGCAAAUCUGCCUCACCAGAAUAUCCCAAAAGCAGCUGGACCAGUGGACCAGAGAUGUACAGUUGGACAGACAGAGGAACACUUCCACCGCAAACUCUAAGCCAGCGGAUUUAUCGCAACUAUCUUUGAAAAUAGAUAACAUAAAGACUGAAGCAGUUUGCAAACAGACGCAAGUGAAUUUGAAGCCUCCAGUCAUUAAGACAGAGGCACCUAUAGAGACAGAAUAUUAUGCAACCCACACAAAGGAGAUUGAGGUGAAAGUGGAACCUGAAUCUCCAGUGAAAAGAAAAGCAGAAAGCAUUCAGUCUUCACCAGCAGUUAAGAAACAAUGCCUAAAACGAUUCAUUCCAAACUGGGAAUCUGAGCAUGCCUACAGCUGCCUUCCUAUGUACAAUACAGAAGAACCCACUCGUGAUACAGAAGCAGCCUGUCAUGAUACAGAAGCAACCUGUCAUGAUACAGAAGCAACCUUUCAUGAUACGGAAGCAACCUCCCAUGAUACAGGAGCAACUCCUCAUGUUAUAGAACCAACCUCCCAUGAUACAGAAGCAACCCCUCAUGCUACAAAAAUACCCUCCCAUGAUACAGAAACAACCUCCCAUGUUGACUCUCACUGUGAACAGGAGACAUCCACCAGCUUUCUUGAGCCUACCUCAGUGCUAAAGGAGAGCAUUGGAAUGGACACCCUAUCCGGGAUAACUUUGGGAACUGAGACAGAAAGUGCAUCCAACUGCUCAGCUGUCUCCACAGACCCUGUUCCUACGGCCAGCACUUCAUCUCCUUCAAUGGAAUACUCUGUUCCAACUGAGAUCAGUGCAGCAUGCAGUUACACUCCUCUCCCUCCCUCAAGUAUAGAUGAAACUACACGUGAUGAGAAGAUCAAGCGGCUGAAGGCGAUUCUGAAGGAGAAAGAGGCUGCGCUGGAGGCAAUACGGAAGAAAAUGAUGAGACCCAAAUCGCCAGAGAAGAGUAAAGGCGGCCACGGCAAGUGCUCCUCGACUAGUAAGAAGUCACGAUGCAAGAAGUGGCUAUUGAACAGGGAGUCGGAACACGCGUAUAGUUGCCUCUCGGGAGUUCCCGCUGCCGGAGGCGGCCACGCUAACCCCCAGGUGUCAGGGGCCAGCUCGGGAGCAGCAGUACACACCGCUCUCGCCGGCAGCUCGGCUCCCAGCCAGAAACCGCUCACUCCGGAGGAGGGGCUGCCUCACUUAAGCGCCGAGAAGAGCACACGGGACGAGAAAAUCAAACGGCUGAAGGAGAUUCUGAAGGAAAAGGAAGCGGCGCUGGAGACGAUCCGGAAGAAGCGAGCUUCCAUGUCCUUGACCUAGGUUCAUCCAAGAUUUCAGGGUCCUGAUCAUUCAAGAACUGAUGUGCACCAUUUUGUGUGAUUUGCAUCUCGCCUUCGAGAUUCAUAUUGGAAGUGUUUUGUCUUUUUAAAUGUUAUUUUCACCGGCAUUGGAUAGAAUAUUUGCUAUCUCACAUUGGAGUGAAGUUAGCUCUUUAUAAUGAGGGUGACAGUUCUAAAAUAUUGUACAAUGUAAAGGACAUUUUAACUCAUGUUGGUUUGUUGAGUAAAUUGUAACGUUUCUGUACACUUGUUUUAAUAUAGAUUAAAUCAGAAUGUGCAUUUUA